UCAGGUUCUUUCUGUUUCCGUUGACAGAACGUAAAUAUGGCGGCAAAGAAAACUUCUCUUCAUAGCACAGAAUGUCGACAAAAUGCCAUGAAGACCAUCAUUAACCGCUGGAUAGUGGACCAUUAUGCAUCUCUGGCUCUGGAGUCGUUAACAGAAGAGCAAUACGAGGAGUUUUGCAGCAUUAAACAUGUACUCGACUGUAUCCAGGAUCGUUUUGUGCUGGCUUGCCAAACCAUGCUGAAGAUUCAAGUUGUUGAGUUUCUCUACUGCAUAUUUGAGGGUGCAAAAUUUGAUUUGUCAUUGGUGCCAAACCAGUCUACAGCUCAUCUGAAAAAAGCCUUAAUGCUGCUGGAAAGCAUAUGCCAGGAAUACAGUGUACCACAACAGGAUUUUGACAAAGCUUGCAUGUCUAUCUACGAGAUGAUCGUGGUGAUUUUUAUAAAAAACUGCUGGUUUGAAAAAGCAAAACAGAUACUAACUAAACACUUUCCUGGUCCAAACGUGGGUAAGAAAGCCAUACUUUUGGACAUCAUCAGUCAGAAGUGUAAAACACAUGACAUCUUUGAGCAAAUCAAAUUCAACCAGUUCAGACAAGAGAUGUUGGCGUUUUGUCAGAGGCUGUGCCCAUUUGGGGUUCCUUUUAUGCACAUGGCUGCAAGAAAACUUAUUGAUGAAAGCUUUAAAAGGCAGGAUGACAAUGCAGUUGGACCUGAGGAACUAGAGGAACCAGGCCUGUCCUCCAGUUUACAAUCAGACACUGCAGUCAUUUACCAGUGCAAACAUAAAAUAAUCACAAAGACAAGUUUGGAGGCAGCUUUUAAUGUAUUGCAUCGGAGAUCGGAUAAAAUAACCUGUUCUAUUCUGGAGGAAGAGUGGGAGAGUGAGGAGCAGACACACGGGGACCUUUUACUGUGCCUUUCUGCAGAACAACUACCACAAAUGGACACUGAACCUCAAGCGCAGGGACGUUUAUGCUCCCAGCCAGCUGUAGUUCAAGGGAAAAAAUGGCACAACACUGUGGCACAACUGGUGGUUGAACCAGACAGCAAUACAAGUUCACAGAGUACAACAAUCUUGCAGGACCUAGAAACUCAAGUCACACAAGAGCCACCGCAGUCACCACCGUCUAGCACAGACGUGUCACAGAGCCCACUGACAGACAUCAAGGUUUCUGUACCCUCACGGAAGUUCCGGAGAAAAACAAAGAACUGCUCCAGCAGGACAUCAACAGGUUUUAUAGAGAUGUCUACAGACAGUGAGGUGGACUUCUCUGGCUCUCAUAUCAAGAAGAAAGCUGGUGUAAAAAAACUUCAUAUCCCGGAAGAUGAUUCAAUUACAAGCAACAGCAACAAGUCCGAUGAUGGAGGUCCAGCAUCAAAUGGUGAGGGAGACCAAGAGUCCUUCAGUUCUGUAACAUCACCUGCAAAGGCGCAAGAUCGUAAUUGUCAUCACAGAAGCAGUCCAGAGGACAUCUUUGACACCGAAGCUUUAUCAGACAGCUCUCCCAAUCACUGUGUUCCUCAGAAAAGCUCCACUCCGCAAAAACUUGACUUUUCUUCUAAUUUAAAAUGGAAAGUGCUUAUGAAAACUGCAAAAGAAAGCAAGGAAAGAUGGAGCGAUGACGAGUCAGUCAGCUGCAAGAGUGGUCCCAGGCCAAAUGACAGCAUCACCAAAGGUCACAGGAAAAGGAAGUGGAGUGACAGUGAGACCAAAAUGCUGGAAGAAGGAGUUAAAAUGUUUGGAGAGGGAAACUGGAAUAAAAUCCGGGAAUAUUACGACUUCAAUGGACGAACAAACGUGAACCUGAAAGACAGAUGGAGAACAAUGAAGAAGCUAUACAUGGUGUAAGAAGAUUGAGUCUUUGGUACCUCAAAAUGUGGAACUUUAUUUUUUUUAACAAAAACAUUUUAUUCUACAAAAGUUUUUCUGUAUAAUGAGCUUAAAUUAAUGAAUUUGUAAAAUGGUCAGAGUAAAGGUAGUCCAUGACUACAGUACAGUAGUAAACACUGUCCUUCAGACUGUAGAUGAUCAGAUGAAAUAAAGCCCAGUUUUUGAUCCA